AUGGACUUACAGCAUCAAUCAUCCUCGAUGAAUGGGAUGGACGGGAUCUGCAUGGUUUGUGGAGACAAAUCUGCCGGAAAACAUUACGGGGUAGGUCUCUCAUUCACCUUGAGACUUGCGGAAAUAAAGAGACUACAAGAAUCUCUUUCAGAUUCUUGCUUGUUAUGGCUGCAAAGGCUUUUUUCGACGAUCUAUUCGCUCCAAUCAGACAUACACAUGCAGAUUCAUGCAGAAAUGUAGUAUCGACAAAGGUAGCGAUGAUGUUAUACCCUUGUAUUUAUACUUUAAGACCAGAGAAAUGCCUGCCGCUUCUGUAGAUUCCAAAGGUGCCUGCAAGUCGGGAUGGAACCUGAGGCAAUCAGACCUGAUCGAGAUGUCAUUGGGAAACAAAAAAAUCCACGAAAAAGGAAAAUCAAGAAAGAAGACGAUGACCAGCCGGUAGAUGAGGGAUCCCAGCAAGAAGAUUCCCUUCUCAGCUAUCUCAUUGAGGUCGAGAUGAAGAAAACUCAAGCCCCUAAGUUUGUGGAACACCCUCUUCAUUAUCAAAGGUCUGAAUCCAUUGGGAUUUUGAAAGUAAAACAAGAAAUGGAGGCAUCUUUAUAUGAAUUAUUCGAGGAUCGAAAUCUCUUAAAUCUCUACAGAAAUCCGAUGAAUAAUCAAGAUGCUCCCAGAACAGCCAGUGUGGAACAACUCUCUCUGGCCAUGAGAGCUUAUGCAGUCUCGGCCAUCGAUUGGGUCAACGCUCUUUUCUCUUUGGCCAAUGUUAAUGACACGGCCGAGAAGGUGAGUAAAUACAGUACCCAUUAUUAGUAGCAUCCUAAUAAUUAGCUACACGUGCAAUAAUAACAACAUAUUUACAGUGUGCUCUGCUGAAGAAUUCGUUUGCGGCAUUUGCUGCUUUUCAGAAGGCCACCAAUACAGCAAAUGUUUGCCCUGCAGAAAACGAUUCACUGUGCCUUUGUAAUGGUGCGUUGAUUCCCAGAAAUCUUCCAAGACAUUUAAUCGACACAAAGUAAGUGUCCAGGACAAUCACUGUUAUAUUUUUAGUCUUCUUGCAAAUAACAUGGUUGGCCGAAUAUUGGACGAAUUGGUCCGUCCCAUCAGAAAACUACAUCUUCUGGAAGCAGAGAGGGUUGCGUUAUCUGCUUUGAUCUUACUUGAUGGAGGUAUGUAGACCUUAAUCUUCCCUCAGAAACUCAGUUUACAAUUCCAUUAUUUUAUGCCCCAUCUUGUUUUCAGACAGCUGCGGUUGCUCCUUACAGACCUCUGAAGCUUUAAAUUUGGUCAAAGACAAGGUCCAGAACGCUUUGUUCCAAUUCAUCAGAGAACGCAGCGAACAUUCUCUGAGCAACGCUUCUUCUCGCUUUGCCAACAUAUUGUUGUUACUCCCGUCCAUCGCUAAGCUCUCAGCCAUUUACAACGAGAAUUUCCAAUUGGCCAAGAUGUUUGGUUGUCGUUCUCUGGAUCCAUUGUUGGCCGAGAUCCUGCUGGAUGGCGGAGGAGACAUGGUGCAGUCGGGAGAGUUGUCUCCCUCCUCCAAGACCCGUUCUGACGCUGCCACGCAGACGAAAGACACCAACGAACUUAAUAUAUCGACAUGUCUCAGUCACACCUCCACUGAAUCCACCUUGAGUUCAGUGAGUUCAGCCUCGGCCGAAGAUUCCGCCUUGGAGAAUAUAAUCGCUCUGAGACUGGAGAUGGAACAACGAGCAGCUCAAGCCAAGGCUGAAGCCGAGGCCAACAACCAAAUGAAAUCAAAUGGACAGUUAUCGCAGAUAAAUGUGGACGUAACCAACCGCAAUGAGUAUAACAACUACUUCUUCGGCUACGAUUACCAUCAGAAUGGCUUCGGGACUGUUGUCGACACGGUCAGAAAUGGCUUCGGCUACCAGAUGGAAGGCCAAACUCAUCCCCAAACACCUCAGAAGACGGACAUGGCGUUCAAGUUCUUGUGA